AUCCGUUUGGAUCCGCAAUAUACAUUUUGAUGUACUACCUGCUAUCUGAAUCGGUUUCAUCGUUUAUAAUGGGGAAGAAGAAGUAGUCCAUCGUCGUGGUACAACGAUUAUUUCCGCAUAAUCUUCACUAUCUCGCUUUAUUCUCUACUACAGCGAUCGUACCAGAAGUGCAUACCGAAUAAAACAUGAUGGUUGUAAUUUCAUCUUCGAAGGAGCCUGUCUGAGGCAGGCCAGGGAGUCGCUACUUCAAGUGCUCCAUGAAGCUAUGUUGACAUCACCACUUCCUAUUCGCGAUCGCGCAUGAAAGUUGAGCCCUAGUUGUACCGGGCUCGCAGCCUUGCGGGCCAGCACGGGAAUUGUACAGCAAGAACUCGAAGCCAAAAUCACCACCAUGGAUUUCGUCACUAGCGCGUCCUUAUCGUGUGGAAAAGUAUCGCACUCGUACUAAUCGCAAAUAUGCAUGACAAAUGUUUUUCCCAAGGAAAAACAGCAUUACAAAUUCGACUUUCCUUCUUGCCAAAAUUUGUGAUGCAGUUUAUACUAGUACGAUACUUUUGCAAUGCAUAGUCCUCCAUUCCCUCCUCUGCGGAGGUGACCUCCCAGUUCAGGCGGCGGGAUUUUGAGGUCACCGACUUCAUCGGCAAGGUCGCGACGCAGGGGAACGACUUCAUCGGCACACUGGCAAACGUCUUGGACGAAUCGCUAACCGGGAUACAGUAUGAGCUGCAAAAGUAUCGUACUCGUAGUUAGUAAUCGCAAUCAUGCGUUACAAAUCUGCUUCGUAAGGUAAAUCAGCAUGACAAAUUUCAUUUCUCAUGCUGAGGAAAUUUGUAAUGCAUUUAUACGAGUGCGAUACCAUACUUUUACAGUUCAUAUACAGAGCAACCUGCACGCGGAGGUGGUGCUCUGCCACGAUCGGCUUCUCGAUAACACGUACUAAAUUUCAAUUUUUAUUACCAAUGGAUUUUCGUUUUUGUUUAUUGCCAUGCUGGAACAGCAAUGCGAGCUUGGACUGUGUCAUACAUGAUACUUCAUCUCUUGCUAGAAAUACUGAAGUGAAACGAAUCUUAUCAAAGAGGAGCGCAUCCAAUGUUCUUUUACGUAAGUCGUACUUGAUGGUAUUUGAUCACAACACCAGCUUCAACCUGGAGCUCCUUGAUAAAGAGCUGUCGGAAGUGCGGGAGAAUGUGUCCGUCCUGAAGGCCUCCAUGCAGGAAGUGCGAUCCCAUUGCCUCGUUCCCUUCCGCGACCUGCGUAGGAAGACGGCGUUGCUGAACCGAGCGCAAAGGGUGAACGUAUUGCUGCGGAGGUAUCUGCGGUUUGAGUUCGACCUGAAGAAACUGCGCGCACACGUGGACCCCGGUACUACUAGUAGAGUAGAGUUUGCUCCUAAUCGGAGAUAUUAAGUAAUUCGUAAAGGUAAAUAACGCCGGCUCUCUGCGAGGCAGUACUAGUGCAUCUCUUGUUCUUUCCGAAAUAAAUGCUUGGCUCCUCUUCAUCUUUGCAUGGUAACGCGAGGUGGUUGCAAACAGCACUCUAUCUCAUAAUUCACAAGCUACCAAAAUGUAAUAUCACCAGGCAGUGGCGGACUUACCAAGGAAUACGCCAAGGCUGCGCGCACGAUCUACGAGCUGGAAAAUGCGUUGCUCGAGGAUGGCCUGGAAAAGCUUUCCGUGUUGCAACGAGACAUUCACUUCAUUCGGGAAGUCGGCCAGCAGAUCCGGGGGAGGGCGAAGGAAGACCUCUGGCGGGGCUUGAAAGAAAUGAACUUGUUGGUCCUCGAGCAAGCCACGCAGGCGUUUUACAACCUGCACUGUCUGUCGGAAGAGGUAUUUCUAUACGGUGCAGGGAGAAAUUGCAAUCAAAAUUAUCUUGCAUGACGAGAGGGAGACGAGAUCUUCAUACGAAUUCAGGUUCAUGUCCCAAUUUGAUUUUUCUUGUUGGGAACAUUUGAUGUGCACAUGCAAUCAUCUACACGAGUAAAGCGACACGAUUAAUAUUUUAACUUACCACAUUACACCAGCUUGAGCUGCUCGCGUCUGACCUGGCGAGGAAGCUGGACGAGCUCCUAAAACCGCUUGGCACGCGGUUUUCCGGGUCAAUAACGGUGUUAUGCUUUGCAAAUAUGUUGUCUGGGGCUGGACGGUUGCAUCAACUUGUGAUGCGUAUUCUAGAAUAGGCAGAAAUUUGCAUUGCAUGAGCGCCAAAAGACACCCAUUUCUUGGUACACAAAUAGGGGAUUUCUAAAUGGAGGACCAGGAUAGGCAUCAAGAGGAAGAGCAAGAGGCCUGUGCAAAACCUGCGGUGCUGUUGCGUGCAAUAGAGACCAUUUGCGUGGUCGAGAAGAUGCAUGACAAACAAGUGCAAGAAUCUUCCAGAUCCAGACAUGUUUGCAGUUGAUAGGUGGCCGCGUUGCUCGACAACUUUUUCGCCGCCGGAACUGCGGUAUGCUCGCAAAUUGCGUUCCUCGACAAUUUCCUCCGCAACCGCACCGACCCAAUCACGCACGCGAAGUUCUCCGACUGCUUUUUGCUGUACAACGGAAAAAAUGCUGAAACAAAUACAGUUACAACGGCGGCGUUGUCUUCAUCUUCAACUGGUACAACAGCAGCACCAGGUACUACUAGUACAUCAAUAUUAAGACCGACCUCCUUCUUGGAGGUUUUCUUCCACCUGUUCUUCUCCGAGUAUUUCGCCCCAAAACUCCGGCAAUCCCUGCACCAAGCGACCAUCGCGAAAGAAUUCCCGCUCGUUUCCAAGAAACUGGAAGCCAGCUUCCUGGACGUGUUGCAGGAGCAGGGCGCGACGGGCAGCGUGAUAUUUCAGCUGAAGAAACAGCUUUUCGCGUUGCCGGAAGUCGAAAACCUCCACAACCAGUACAUCCAGACCGUGCUAACCAGAGUGACCGAACCGGUGGAACUGAUGCUCCCCGAAGCGGUUUAUCAACUGCAAAAAUGUCAUCUGGGUCUGGACGGAUGCGAACUUGUGAUGCGUGUUGCGGCUCAUACAAAGAUCUGUGUAGUAUGACUUGCAAAAGGUCCCCAUUAGUCAUGUUGAGAGGGCGUUUCUCAUGCAGAAUAGGCAUCACCAAGGGGCUGCAGAAGCAGAACCUGUGAUGCUAGGCCCUGCAUUCCAGACUUGGCGGAGCUUGGAGAAACUGCAUGACAAGUCUCAGACUCUUCCACACCCAGACGCAUUUGCAAUGCAUACGGUUCUGAACAGCGCCAUGGACGCGGUGGCGCAGGCCAACGCGGGCAUGACCCCGCAGCCGCACCUGUUGCAGGACCCGCUGCCGACCUUGGCCGACGUCAAGCGCUACGUCCAGAUUCUCGCGGAGGCCCUGAAGACCGCAGAGCAGGGCCUGCAGUUUGUGUAUCUAUCGGUCGUGAACAACGUGCGCACGAGCGUGCUGCUGUUUGUCUCGCGGCUGGAGCUGUUGACCGACGCGAACGGGAUGAUGGUGGUGACCAAUUUCCAGGCGAACCCCACCGGGAACGAGUUCACGUUUACCAACAGCCACCAGAGGAACUGCCGGCUCUUCCAACUGCUGUCCGCGUUCGAUGCCAGUCUGCGGGAGAUGUGCCUGGGACAGAACCUACCGCCACAACUGUGGCAACACCUCCGCACGACGUGCCGGUCGUUUGUGGAGUGCUUUUUCCAAAUUAUCAAAUGCAAAUAUGUCUGAGUCUGGAAGAAAGCAAGUUUGUCAUGCUUGUCUAGCAUGACUCUCAAAUCUGUGAUGCAUGAGCAGGAAAAGGGCCCCUUGCCUGUGAUGCAAAAACGCAGCUUGUCAUGCGAGAAACGAAGCACACAGCUAGCAGCACAAAAAACUUGUCAUGCUGGGAUGCAUAUUGCAGUGCGCCCACCAUUCGCAAAUUAGCAUCACAAGUUUCCCGACCCAGACAUUAUAUUUGCAAUGCAUACAAACGGUCCGGAUCAAAUUCUCCCAGGAAUACUACGCGAAAUGGCGGCAGGAGCUGCUCAAUACCGGGGGUGCUGUUGCACCGGAUGUAGCAGCUCUUCCUAGCCCCAGCCUGCAGGAGUUUGUCACCUACGCCCAUUCCGUGCAGAAAACCUACCUGGCCGCCUACAAUACGCAAUUGCUGCAAUCGCUGGCGGUGCAAUUCGCGGGCGAUUUGGUGCGCGUGGCGCUCUUGCGCCUGUUCCUGGGCACAUUUUACGACGACGGGAAAGUUGUCGCCUUUUACAACAAUAGUUCCUCAACAGGUGCAACUUCUACUUCCGGAGCAGUAGUAGAGCAAAUAGUACAACAACCCAACGGCGGGACUUCUACUCACACUCUUUCCGACGAAGCCGCUGCGCGGCAACAAGCCGUGGCACUCGUCCCAGGUAUCGCCACGGACAUCCAAAACGCGUGCCUCAGCACGGACGCCGGGCGAAAGCGGCUCUGCCGGGAUUUGGAGCUUUUGGAGCGGGGCGUACUCGCCCUUGCCGGCGUUACCAGCGGCCAGCCCUUUUUCGAGCAGCACAUAUUGGCUUUGACGCAAAAAGUAGUAGCGAGGGAAGUGCCCAAGGCGACUCUCCUGGAGCACGUAGCGGCCGAUGUGGUGUGGAGCAAAGCGCUCAAUGAGUUCUUGGUGUAGAAGUGACAGCAGUGCUACAAGGCAGGAAUGAGCAGCAGCUGCAGCAGAAGGCUGCUUUUCUUUUUUCAUGUUGAUCCGCCCCCCAAGAUUUGAACAAGAUGGAAAACGAAAAGCCGAAGAAGGACAAGACGACGCACAUUUAUUUUCAGACGCCCGCACUAAGUAAAAAAAAACGCACAUCACGGCGUGAAAAAGCGGUUCCUGAUGUACGUGAAGUGAACCUUGUUGACUCGCCCCCACAGGUUGAAGUCGUGUACUAUGGAAUUGUUGCCGAAGAAGAAGAUGUGGUGCAAGAACUUAACGGAAAAAAAGGCCUCUCGUGCGUACAAGAUUUUUUGGAGCUGUCGUCCCGUUUUACUUUUUUUACCCGCUCGGCAGAGCAUACCAGAAGAUGAAGAUCCCAGAUAAAUCUGUCUACUUACAUUCCGAUGCAUUCGGUCUGACGCCGG